AUGAACGCUAAGGCUGCGCGUGCAAAGGUGUGCGCGUGUGGGCAACGCUGCGUGCGACGCGCGCUCAUCGCGCGGCGGUGCGGCGGGCGCGGGAGGCUAAGUGCAUCGCGCGCUCACCGCACUCACUUCAUACACCAUACGCACCAACAACCCAUAAGUGUUCAAAACUUUAGAAACAUCGCAACUUUGUUUUACGUAGUCCUGUGUCGUGAUCGCGAACUGUGCAUUGAGCAAGUGGCAUGA